AGACAAAGUAAAUUGAAAAGGAAUCUUCUCAUUUUGCUGACUCAGCUGACAUUCUCCAAUAGGCUGCAGGAAGCAGGGAGGGGACUGCCUAAUGACUGGGAAUAACAAAGGGGUGGGGCAGGAGAACCUGGUCAUAAAAUCCCUAAUCCUCCACCCCUAAUAUGCAUGAGGAGUUCCUACCAGCCAUACAGCUCAGUGUAUUUUAUCAUUGGACUUAGAUGCAACUGAGGCUGCAAUGGGAUCAAAUUUAAGUUCAAAUGAGACUUUUACGGGCACCUCAGCACCAGUGGAGAGAACGAGGCCGGUAUCUCCUUUCAACUUGCUUACUGUAAAAAUACUAAGACUGAGGAACGUCCGGAAGGCAGACUUGCUCACCCUUUCAGAUUGCUAUGUGACGCUGUGGUUGCCUACUGCCUCAUCUGAGAAGGUUCGGACCAGAACCAUCAGGAACAGCAAAAAUCCAGUCUGGAAUGAAGCUUUCUGCUACAAGAUUGACCGACGAGUGAAAAACGUGCUGGAGCUGAAGGUUUGUGAUGAAGACACAGUCACCAGGGAUGAUGAACUCUGCACGGUUCUCUUUGACAUAGACAAACUCAGUGUAGGACGUGCCAUUCGAGUGAAGUUUCAACUGAAUCCACAGGCACGUGAGGAGCUGGAGGUGGAGUUCACACUACAGAACACUCUGGACUAUCCUGGUGGCAUCAUUACUAAUGGAGUACUAGUGGCUCAUGAGGUUUCCUGUUUGGAGGUCAGAGUGGAUACAGGGAAGCUGAAGCAGCAAUCCACAAAUCAGGAGCUUACGUUCACAGUGAAAGGAUCCCAUGAAGGAAGCCAGAAGAUUUCCCUGGGCUCUGAGCCCAGCCUUCAGAUCAUUGUAUUUCACUGCAACAUAAAUGAGGAGACAAGACUGGACAUCAUUUUACCAGAAGAGCUGGCUGACAAAAAUGCGACUCAGGAAUAUGGAGUCCUCUCUUUUCCUCUGAAUUCACUCCCUUUGCAGAAGGAAAUAACAGUAGAAGAGGAUCAAUCCUUUGAGUUGUGCUUGACAUCAAGAAAAUGCUCAGGAGAUCUGGAUGUACGCCUGGGGUACAGCCUGUGCAGGGAGGAGCAAAAUUUCCUGCAGAAAAGGAAGAAAUACGUUGCUGCUGCUCUGAAGAAGAUCCUUAAUUUGGAGGAGGAUCUGAAGGAGCAUGAGGUGCCAGUGGUGGCCAUCACGACGACUGGGGGCGGGACGAGGUCACUGACAGCGAUGUAUGGCAGCCUACUGGGGCUCCAGAAACUCAAUCUGUUAGACUGCAUUUCUUACAUUGCUGGUUUAUCGGGUACCACAUGGACAAUGGCGAACUUGUAUGAAGAUGCUAACUGGUCAGAAAAAUAUCUGGAAGAGGCAAUCAAGGAAGCUCGCAAGCAAGUAACGAAAAACAAGAUCUGCUGUUUUUCCUUGGAUUGUCUGAAGUACUACUACAAUGACCUGAUGGAGAGGGUUAAAGAAGGACGUAACACAUCUUUCAUAGACUUAUGGGGGCUUGUCAUUGAAUCCAUGCUACAUGAUAAGAAAGAUGAACACAGACUCUCGGAUCAGCGGCAGGCAGUGGAUAAUGGACAAAACCCAUUGCCCAUUUAUGUGGCCAUCAACCUCAAGUCCAACUACAGUGCUCAGGCAUUCAGAGAGUGGUUGGAAUUCACUCCUUAUGAAGUCAGUCUUCUGAAAUAUGGAGCAUCUAUCCGUGCAGAACAUUUUGGAAGUGAAUUCUUUAUGGGAAGGCUUGUGAAGAGGCUUCCGGAGACUCGAAUCUGCUACAUGCAAGGCAUGUGGAGUAGUAUAUUUUCCAUUGAUGUGAUGUAUGUCUGGAAUUUGGCUGCUGAUUCAGAGGACUUCUGGUUCAGAUGGACCAGAGACAGAGUAAAAGAUAUUGACACAGUGAUAGACUGCUUCCCAAAUAAACUGAUGGAAACAGCUAAUGAUGACCUCUCCCUUGUUGAUACUGGAUUUUUCAUCAAUACCAGCUACCCACCACUUUUGAGAUCGAAAAGGGAGGUGGACGUCAUUCUGCAUUUGAAUUACAGUGGAGGGUCCCAGACACUGCCUCUGGAUCAGAUUGCAAAAUAUAUAUCGAGACAAGGAAUUCCAUUUCCCAAAAUUGAGAUAAGUGACGAAGACAGGGAAAACUUGAAAGAAUGUUACGUGUUUGAAGAUGCUGACAAUCCACAAGUUCCAACGGUGCUCUUUUUCCCCUUAGUGAAUGAUACCUUCAAGAACUACAAAGCUCCUGGCGUGGAAAGGAGUCCCGAAGAGAUGGCUGAAGGCAAAGUUGACGUUUGCAGUAUCCUUUCCCCAUUUACAACAAGGGAAGUCUGUUUCAGUGAAAAGAAUUUUGAUAAACUGGUGAAGCUGACUGAUUACAAUGUUCUCAAUAAUGAAAAGUUGAUUAUUCAGGCCUUGCGCAUGGCAGUGGCACGGAGGAAGCAGAGGAAGUACUAGCCACCAUUUGCAAACUUCAGCCUUCCACGUGGUUUAUAUGUUUGAUACUUGCCACUCUAAUCUGUGUUUGGAAUUGCAUCACCCCUUGGAAAUGCUGGACUCCAGUUCAUUCUGUUUAAAUGACUGUUCAGAUGGGCAGAACGGAAUUUACAGUGGUUUAAUCCAGAACAAACUUCAAAGCAACAAAUUUGCAUUUAGUUUUGUUACCUUGUUGUUUUGCCAAUGGAGAUAUAUAUCAUAUAAUUUAAUAUAGUGUUUUCUGUUAUUACAAUGAAAUAUGUAGCACAUUAAAAAUGUGAAUCAAACCAAAACUCAUUCGUUUUUUCUGUCUGGCCAAGCAGCAAUCUCUUGAACUGGAAUCUCUCUAAUUGUUAGCUUAUUGAUUGUGUUGGUCUUUCUUAUCUUAAUCAUUGUCACUGUGAAGUUUGUCAUCUUUGAUGCGAUUGUCUACUAUGAGAUUUUUUUAAAUACAUCUGGCUUUCUAUGUUAGUCUUUCAAAAUAAGUGCUUUUUUCAAGUUACUACCAGUGUUAAAAAUAAUCUAUAAGCUUUGACCAUCUAUGAAAAGGAAACCCAAACAACUCUGAAUC